GCUGCUUACCGGCGCGACCACCUGGCUCAUCAUGCACGGUGUCCCCGCCGUCUCCGAGGAGAUCAGCAACUUCCUUGCAGAUGUUGACACAUUUAUAUCUGAUACCCUAAAAGGAGAAAAUUUAUCCAAAAGAGCAAAGGAAAAGAGGGAUGCUCUGAUUAGGAAAAUAAAAGACAUCAAGUCCAACUACCCUCAAGAAUUUCCCGAAAGAGGAGAACUAGAAGAUGAGGAAGAGCAUGAAAGCCCUUACCCUGUGCCUCCUGACAAUCUGUCUUCAGCAUCUGACCGAUAUGAUAAAGAGGAUGAAGGCCCCUCCGAUGGGAAUCAUUUUCUUCCAGUUUCAGCACAAGACCUUCAGUUUGUUUUAAAGUCUGGAUACCUAGAAAAACGCAGAAAAGACCACAGCUUUCUUGGCUUUGAAUGGCAGAAACGUUGGUGUGCUCUGAGUCGAACAGUCUUCUACUAUUAUGGAAGUGACAAAGACAAACAACAGAAAGGUGAAUUUGCUAUAGAUGGCUACACCGUCAGAAUGAAUAAUACCCUGCGGAAGGAUGGAAAGAAAGAUUGCUGUUUUGAAAUUGCUGCUCCUGAUAAACGCAUUUAUCAGUUUACAGCUGCAACUCCCAAAGAAGCUGAAGAAUGGGUACAGAGCCUCAAAUUUGUACUACAAGACCUAGGAUCUGAAAUUAUUCCAGAGGACGAUGAAGAAUAUGACGACAUUGGAGAAAGUGGCAAGCUUCCUCCAGAAGUGAUAACAGAACCAAUAGAUGAUGACAUUUAUGAAGAACUUCCAGAAGAAGAAGCAACACCAGCACCCAUCAUGCCAGCAAAGAGUGAAGAACCAAGGAAACAGAGCCAGGAGAUUGUUAGCAAUGUUUCAGGCAAUAAAAAACCCGAUUAUGUUAAUUUCUAUCAAGGUUUGUGGGACUGUACUGGAGAUGUUCCUGAUGAGCUGACAUUCAAACGUGGUGACAUUAUCUACGUUCUCAGCAAGGAGUACAAUAGGUUUGGCUGGUGGGUAGGAGAAAUGAAUGGAACCAUUGGCUUGGUGCCUAAAGCCUACAUAAUGGAGAUGUAUGAUAUUUGAGAGGCCUGGGUGUAUUCUACAAAUUAGGAGAUGACUGGCAUAGAGCUAGGGAUGCCAAUGCAAAAAUGCAAGCUCACGGGUGCCUAGGUUUUAGUAAGAGCACAAACCCUAAUAUUUUAUACAUAUAUUUUGAAUAUGAUGCUAUAUUUUGAUAUUUGAUGUUUCCUAUGAGUAGCUUUGGGCACCACCCACAUCAUUUUGGCAUUGAGAAAAUGUGGAAUCCAGGCAUUUAUUACUGUUUUGCUAAGAAAAUGUAUCAUAACAAGUCGAGUUGAAAAGAACAGGACAUGUCUAAGAAGUGCUGGACUGUAUUGAAUUCAUUUCAACAUGAUGACACGGAAGAUAUUCUCAGGAUGUUAUGUUUCUACUUCAUAUAUGUGAUAAGCAGCAAUGGAUCUUUCCUAUGAAUGUUUCUCUGGCCUAUACUUUUUUUUCUAAUGGAGCAUUUUAUUUUAUUCUACAGCCUUUAUGGUUAAAUAGAUUCAAAUUAUUUUUUAAAAAUUACAGGUCCAUGACACUGUGGUGGUAGUUCAUACUUUAUGUGAAAUAUAACGCAGUGUCUGUUUUUAAUAUAAUUGGAGAAGCUUUAUGUUGCACUUUAUAGGGCCAGUUCCAACAUAUUAUUGGGCCCAACGUUUUGCUUUUGGAAGGGGCAUGAAAUGGUUCUCUCCAAAGUAUUGUGAAUAUCCACCCAUUUCUUUUGUUGGUGAAUUCUGCCAUGCUUUCCCCUUUCUGGUUCUAUUACUUAAUGCGAUGUUGUCACUGUUGUUUUUGGAUUACUGCACAGCUUCCGUCCUAGCUUAAUCACCUGGGUGAUCUUUAGACUGAAAGUUUGUGUGGUAUGAUUACACUCUGGUAUUGUAAUGAAAGCUGAUGCUGAAGACCAGGAUUAAUUAGGACACCUCUCACAUUAACAGGGCCUCACAAAAACAUCUGUAUACUGAAACAGUAAGACUGUUGUUUUGUGCAUGGGUUUUAAGAUGACACUACUUUUUUGCUGUCUGAAGCAGCUCACUUUUGCUAUGCAACGUCUAGUAAAUUGAGGGCCAAUCAAGCAAACAGUUUGCCUCAUGGUAAAUAAGGCAUUAUGCCUUGAUGUGUACCUGGAAGCAAAGAGCUUGUCACUUGGUAAAAUUAUUCCUCGACUGUGCCACUUCAGUCUGCAAGCAAGGAGACGUAUUUGAGUAUAUCCCCACCAUGAGGGUUUGAGGGGAAUCCUUUCACACAUAGGUGAUUGGACCCAGAUUAACAGUGCAAUCCUGUAUAUGUCUACUCAGAUGUAGGUCUCCAUUGAGCUCAUCAAGACUUACUUCCUGUAAGUAUGUAUAGGAUUGCAGUCUGAGUUAGUCACAAGUCUCACUGAACUAAGCCUGGGUCCAACUCAUAAAAAAUCAGCAAGCUGUUAGCCUUCUCCCGGACAUACUAGGCAAUUAUAUAUAGGCAAUUAUAUAUAAUGGGUCAAUCCCCCCAACUACAGUUGGGGAAUAGUUUUAUUUCAUUUGCAACUUGAAACAAUAAAAAAGAAAUUUUAAAAAAUCUCAGUUUUAGUAAAUUAAUUUAAAGAAAGGACAUCUGUGGACAAAGGAUGUCUUUACAAGGAUUAAAGGAGCUCAUAGCUCUGACCUAAAUCCCUGAGAAGCAACGCUCAUUAACAAACCAUGAAUUACAUCACAACUACCUAACAUUGCUUUACAUUGCUUUAAAUAUGGAAAUCUGAAGAGAGAUACAUUAUUGCAUGAUCAAGGUUUGCCAGUAGAUGGCAGUAGACUUUCACAGCAGGUUGAACUACUGGGAAACCCAUCCCCCCACCAGAGUUUGUCAUGCUCAGAUGAAUUUUUUGCAACUUAAAAUAUUUGGAGGGACUCCCUUCCCCUUUUCAUGUAAAUCCAGGAGAGGGAGUCCUUAGCCAACUGAUGAAUGACAGACCCUUCAAACCAUUUUUCCUAUUGAUAGCAUGAUAUAGACAGCAGCAGUUUUCUAGUUUCCAUAACCUUUUCCUCACAUAGUCCGAAGUGAUAUGUUAGGAAAUUCUCUCUCUCUCUCUCUCUCUCUCUCUCUCUCUCUCUCUCAAAAUGAAGCUAUUGCUAAGGUAUUCUAUCCUAUCUUUUAACCAGACAUGCCUUGGAAUAAACCAGCAAAGUAAAAGAGUUGAAAUGUUUGUUUUGAAAUCUUGACAAAUAUAACCUUUUUGGGGGGAUGGGAAAAUUCCCUUAUUAAUGUGGCUCAAAAAGAAAAGAAUGUUGCAAUAUAUGCUAAUUGCUUUGUUCUCAUUGUUUACUUAUAUUUCCUUCACGUUCCUCUGAAUACUAAGAGAGCUAUUUUGUAAGUCAUAUUUUAUGCAGCAUUUUGCUUGAUUAUUUGCUCUGUACUGGAUUUGUACUAUAGUGCCAUUAGAUCUUACAAUAAUGUUCCACGCUGCAAAUUUUUAAGGUUCAAAUAAAGUUUAAUUGUUUGCAAA